UUUACACAAGGACACACAUAUACACUUCCCACUGUUUACUGUGCACAUUUUACAGAAAGCCUGUCUUUUCUGCAGAGCGGGAAUUACAACACAGAAUUGCAGAUAUGGAGAUCCCUGGGAUUGGAACAAUGUUGCUGGUUUUUGUACUUACAUUCCUGGUGACUAUGUGGGCUAAAAGAAAAAGACAACAAUCUAAGUUUCCUCCAGGACCUACUCCACUACCUCUCAUCGGGAAUAUGCUACAGAUCAAUUUCCGGAAUAUUGUAGAAGAGUUUGUCCAGUUUGGAUCUAAAUAUGGCCCAGUGUCCAUGGCAUAUUUAGGGCCUAAAAAGAUGCUGAUCCUAAAUGGUUAUGAUGUACUGAGAGAAGCUUACAUGGAGAAAGGUGAAGUGUUCAGUGACCGACCAAGUCUUGCAAUUCCAGAGAUGGUUUUUAAAGGCCAUGGGGUGAUAUUCACAAAUGGAGAGAGGUGGAAACAAAUGAGAAGGUUCACCAUAAGUACUUUAAGAAAUUUUGGAAUGGGGAAGAGAAGUUUAGAAGAACGUGUACAGGAGGAAGCACGAUGUUUAGGAGAAGAGUUCCAGAAAAGAAGUGGAACUUUCUUUGACCCAACUUUCUUGUUAAGUUUGGCUGUAUCCAAUGUUGUCUGCUCCAUUGUCUUUGAAGAGCGUUAUGAUUAUGAGGAUAAGGAUUUUUUAGACCUGCUUGCUUUAAUGAAUGAGACUUUCCAAAUGGUCACCGCACCAUGGGCUCAGAUGUUUGAUUUAGCUCCAAACUUGCUGAAGCAUUUACCAGGCCCACAUGUAAGACUUUUCAAAAACUUUGACAAAUUGAGAAAGCAUGCUAUGGAGAAAGUGAAAGCACAUGAGGAAACCCUUGAUGAGAAUUGUCCAAGAGAUUAUAUUGAUUGUUUUCUCAUAAAAAUGAACCAGGAAAAAGGCAAUUCCACUACAGAAUUCAACUAUGAAAAUCUAAUUAGCAAUCUGAUCCAAAUGUUUUUGGCUGCGACAGAGACCACGAGCACCUCACUGAGAUACGCGAUCAUCAUCCUGCUAAAAUAUCCAGACAUUACAAAAAAAAUGCAAGAAGAGAUUCACCAGGUCAUUGGAAAUUCACGAUGCCCUUCAAUAGAGGAUCGGAUAAAAAUGCCAUAUACUGAUGCAGUGAUUCAUGAGAUCCAGAGAUUUACAGAUAUUACACCAUUAGGAGUACCACGAGCCACCAACCAGGACACAGUUCUCAGAGGGUACCAUAUACCAAAGGGCGUGACGGUGUUUCCCAUGAUAACUUCUGUUUUAAAGGAUCCAAGAUUUUUUAAGAAUCCAAAGUUAUUUGAUCCAACACAUUUCUUAGAUGAGCAAGGCAAACUGAAGAAAACUGAAGCUUUUAUCCCUUUCUCAAUAGGUAAACGUGUUUGUCUUGGUGAGGGACUUGCACGUAUGGAAAUUUUCUUGUUCCUUACCUACCUUCUACAGAAGUUUAACCUUAAAUGUGACAAGGAUCCUGAAGACAUUGAUGUUUCUCCUAUUCCUCACAGUGGCACUUACGUACCAAAACCAUAUCAGAUCUCAGUAACCUUACGGUAAUCACCAUCCAGAUGACAGUUAACAAUGUGUCUUAUGGAAAAAGCAUACACAUGCAUUAGUGUGAGACAUUCCUGAAUUCUGGCUAAGUUUAUCUGCCUUGUAUGUGGCAUUGAUAAGGCCUGUGGAGGGGCGGAUGCUGGAGAGAAAUAUAGACAUCUAGGACAGAUGAUCUCUUUAGAGGUGGAGGGAAUUAACAUGAGAGAGACACUUCGUUGUUACGGUUAUUUUCUCCUGUCCCCUUGACUGCUCCCUUGAGUAGGACCCUCAUAUUCUGGCUCACUGCCUCAAUCUCUAUCUUAAUCUAAUUAUAAUGCAAGCGUACUACAUAGAAAAAGUCACCUGUUACAAAUAUGUAUUUUUCCUUUCUGUACCCUAUUGAAAAUCUUUCAAUAAAAACAUCCCUGGAAAAAUGUC